AAGACUUACUGAGAGCGUUUAGUCUGACGACGUCGUAUCGGCGAAAAACUCUUCCUGAUUUCGUGUACAAGUAAUGAUGAAUUUUUGGUCGCUCUCGCUUCUCUUCGCCCUAAUCUCCUGUUUCACCUUGGGUGUCUACUCAAAAGACUGCGUCGAGGAUAACGAAUGCCACUAUGGGAGAUGCUGCGAGGGCCAUUGCAUUUGGCAUCAUUUUUGUCCGUGUGUCAACGACAAUGAUUGCAGAGCCGGAGAGAAAUGCAAAAGCAUUAGAGGAUUUCGAUACUGUAAGAUAAGUCCGAUCGACGACACACCGACCACGUUUACGCCCGAGUCCACCAACGCGACAAAAUCUUGGUCGGAUCAUGAGACCGAUCCAACUUCGAAAACGGCAACGUUAAAAGAACAUGAGACCGAUCCAACUUCGAAAACUGAAACGUUAAAAGAACAUGAGACCGAUCCAACUUUGAAAAUUGGAACUUUAAAAGAAUCUGAGAAAUACAGACACACAGUAAAAACAUGGCGAACCGGAAGCAAAAUUAUUGUGAUAUCCUGUCUCGUUGCUGUAGUCGCACUUGUGCCAUUGAUCUACUUCGUGUUCAGGAAAACCAGAAAGCGACCUACAAACGUCAUCGCGCUCCCGCGCCAAGCUGGUCAAGCUGGAAUGCCGGGGAUAACUAUGCCAAUGAAUACCUUGGCGACCGCGGAUCCUCGAAUGCAGCAAGGAAGUGCAGCUUGCAAUGGCGCGACUCCCAUGGAGGCGGGAGCAGGGCCCUGUCCUUAUAAGGCUCCUGGUGCUCUGCCGUCUUACGAUUCGCUAGGAUUCGAGGGAGAAGUGAAAGGAAAGGAUGACCCACCACCAGGUUAUGAUGAGGCCGUCAAGCCGCCCGAUGUGACCACCAAGUAGUUCAGAACUGGACUUGUCUAGAAUAAGAAAGGAAUGGUGGGAUAGUGCGGUAAAUAUGAAAUGUAAAGAAUUAGCAAGGCGCUUUAUAAAUUAAUACAAUAGAUUUUAGCAUCGUUAAAGGUAUUCUUUUCUUUUUUUUUGUAAUUUAAGCAAUGCUGAGCCCCAUAAAGUAUAUAACAUUCUCUUUUCAAGCUACCUUGCCCCCGUUUGUCUGUAAGAUAUCUUUGAGAAUAUAUAAGAUACUUAAACCGUCCGUAGCUUUUUUUCUUUAUUUUGAAUUACAGGAAUGUGGACGCGCUAGUUUUAAAACUUCUCAAACAUUUAUCUGCCAACUACGUGAUCUCAGUGCUAAAGCGUUGACAACCCAUUCAUGUAGGAACAGCUACUACUGCAUUAUUUAAACAAUUAACAUAAUUUACCUUAACUCCACUGCUGGGCUAACUGAGGCUGACAAUAAUGGAUAAUUAUAUCACCGGAAAAUUGUCAUGAUUCAAACCAAUGGAAUUGCGAAAAAGAUAAUCAAUCAAACCAACAACGGGCUAAAACUAUGCUACUUUGACAGAGUAAAUUGCUUCAGAAACGCAAAGAUAAAACAAUACGUAUACGGAAAUAGAAUGAGGUAACGCUUUAACCACUGAAUUAGAUCUAGGUUUCUACGUGAUCAAAACCAGAAUUAAGAUUCUCGUAGUACUGGCUUUGCAUUUUCCUUUGUUUUAUUCACAAUUUGACUCGUAAUAUAUGCAACUACAGCGCUGUAGUUUUCGUGCAUCACGUGGCUCUGUGUAGUUUAAUUUGUACAAUCCGAGAAACUGUCGGAUUUUGCCUUUUUCAAUUUUCAAUCGAAAACUUGUACAUAUUAAAAAUCUAAAAUAAGCGCAUUGUUAAUAACGGCUGUCGUAAACGCCAAAUUUAUGGAAUACCAUUUACUCAGUAAAAAUAGCAUGACAUAGCGAAAUCGGCAAAAAAUUCUUUGACUCGGUUUUGCAUGA